AUGCGCGAACAUUUCGCGCCAAAGGCAAAUGAGGCGGCCAUGCUCGACGACCGCGACCGCGCGAUUCUGGACUAUUUGCAGGCCAACGCCGACGCUGCGGUGGCGGACUUGGCGGAGCGGGUGAACCUGUCGCUCUCGGCCUGCGCACGGCGCAUCAAGCGGCUGGAGGACGAAGGUUACAUCGAGUCACGCGUCGCGCUGCUCAACCGCACGAAAAUGCGCGUCGGCACCACGGUGUUCGUUGCGCUGCGCAACUCGCGCCAUUCGUCAGACUGGCACGAACCUUUCGUGCGCCUGCUCGCCGACAUUCCGGAAAUCCAGGAAGCCCACCGCCUGACCGGCGACAUCGACUACAUCCUGAAAAUCGCCGUGCCGGACGUCGAGACCUAUGACGUGAUCUACAAGCGGCUUGUCAAGAAACUCGAAUUUUCAGGGAUAUCU